UAGCCUAAUUGGUUGCAAUAAGAAAUACAGUCGACACGUCACAAAAUGGAUGAGCCGACUUUAGAUCCAGAAUAUUUUGAACGGCUCAAGCCUCUUUUUCUAAAGCUGUUUAGAAAAUUUGUCAAACCAUCAAAUGUUAUUCAUCUACUUCAAGAAAGUGAAAUGUUGACUGAAACUGAUCUGUCAGAGAUCAAGGCAACAACUAACACUAAAGGUGAGAUAGAAGGCAGUGUGCUACUGUUUGAGAGACUGACACUGUACGAGGGGUGGUACCCACGUUUGUUGGAAGUUCUCCGUGACAGAGAUGUCAAACUGUCUCAUGUGGCCAGGGAAAUGGAAGAGAUCAAAGGCUCACUAGACACGGCUAUUCAAGAAGAACAACAGAUCUCAUGGCAUCUUGGUAUACCACUCAGCAUCCUUAUGACCAUUCAUCUAUGCUAUUGA